CCUGCCCGCGAUGGCCGUCUUUCCAUUGCUUCUUUGCCUGCUCCCGCUGGCCCCUGCCUCAGCUCCACCUCAGCCAGCCACAUCCAGCCCGUGUCCCCGCCGCUGCCGUUGCCAGACCCAGUCGCUGCCCUUAAGCGUGCUGUGUCCAGGGGCAGGCCUCCUGUUCGUGCCUCCAACCCUGGAUCGCCGGGCAGCCGAGCUGCGCCUAGCGGACAACUUCAUCGCCUCAGUCCGGCGCCGAGAUUUGGCCAACAUGACGGGCCUGCUCCAUCUGAGCCUGUCCCGAAACACCAUCCGCCAUGUGGCAGCCGGUGCCUUCGCCGAUCUCCGGGCCCUGCGCGCUCUGCACUUAGAUGGGAACCGGCUGACCUCGCUGGGCGAGGGGCAGCUGCGUGGCCUGGUUAACUUGCGCCACCUCAUCCUGAGCAACAAUCAGUUGGCAGCCCUGGCGGCUGGUGCCUUGGACGACUGCGCUGAGACGCUGGAGGAUCUCGAUCUUUCUUACAACAACCUGGAGCAGCUACCUUGGGAGGCUUUGGGCCGCCUGGGCAACGUCAAUACGUUGGGCCUCGAUCAUAAUCUGUUGGCUUCUGUGCCUGCUGGAGCCUUUUCCCGCCUCCACAAGCUGGCCCGGCUGGACAUGACCUCUAAUCGUUUGACCACCAUCCCGCCGGAUCCUCUCUUCUCCCGUCUACCCUUGCUGGCCAGGCCCCGGGGUUCACCGGCCUCGGCCCUAGUGCUGGCCUUUGGUGGCAACCCUCUCCACUGCAAUUGUGAGUUGGUGUGGCUGCGGCGCCUGGCCCGGGAGGACGAUCUCGAAGCUUGUGCCUCACCCCCGGCUCUGGGAGGCCGCUACUUCUGGGCAGUGGGAGAGGAAGAAUUUGUAUGUGAACCCCCCGUGGUGACCCACCGAUCGCCCCCUCUGGCUGUACCCGCAGGCCGGCCAGCUGCCCUGCGCUGCCGGGCAGUUGGGGAUCCAGAGCCCCGAGUACGAUGGGUGUCACCCCAAGGCCGCUUGCUGGGCAACUCCAGCCGGGCCCGGGCCUUCCCUAAUGGAACGCUGGAGCUGCUAGUCACUGAACCGGGCGAUGGCGGUGUGUUCACCUGCAUUGCUGCUAAUGCGGCUGGUGAGGCCACAGCGGCUGUGGAGCUGACCGUGGGGCCCCCGCCACCCCCUCAGCUAGCCAAUAGCACCAGCUGCGACCCCCCGCGGGACGGGGAUCCUGAUGCCCUCACCCCGCCGUCUGCCGCCUCUGCCUCGGCCAAGGUGGCCGACACGGUGCCGCCUACUGACCGCGGCGUCCAGGUGACUGAGCACGGGGCCACCGCGGCUCUAGUGCAGUGGCCGGAUCAGAGGCCCAUCCCAGGCAUCCGCAUGUAUCAGAUCCAGUACAACAGCUCGGCCGAUGACAUCCUUGUCUACAGGUGA